UCAUGUUUAUCGUGUUCUGCUACAAGGACAUGCACACCGUCAUCAACUACUCGUUCGCUAACCUAGCUCUGACUGACCUGACCCUUUUGCUCCUGGACGGCUUGCCUACUGCUGCGGAUACUAUGGGGACAAACUUCUCGGCUAGUCUAGGAUGCAAUAUCCCAAUAUACCUGCAAUAUGUUACCGCUGAAGUAACGAGCUUGACCCUCGCAUUUCUAUCCUACGACCGUUACCAGCUCAUCGUUCACCCUAUAAAGUCACUAAGCAGACGGUCUCCAAAGACAAUACUGAAAAUGUUCGCCGGAAUAUGGCUAGUUUCUUUCUUAAUACAGGUUCCCGUCGCCCUUGUCGCUGGCCCGACAGCAUCGGGUUCGUGUUCUGAGUUCUACCUCUCCAGCGGGGAGCAGUAUUUCUUCGCCUUCGAGACGGCCUCCCUGUACUGCAUCCCUUUAGCCAUCAUUAUCUUCUGCUACGCCACGAUGGGCCGAAAGAUGCUAGCCGCGGGGCCACGGAGCAGCAUACGGCGCAGGCGCAGUGUGAACAGUAUCCUCUUCGUCAUCAUCCUGUACGUCCUCUGCUGGUUGCCGGUCCACGUUGUUCACCUCUGGAUGGCCUUUGACCCCGAGGUCGAACCGACUGACGCGCUCUACACCGAACUGCACACCGCCGCCAACGUCCUGUUGUUUAUGAACAGCAGCGUGAACCCGUUUGUGUACACCCUUGGGGGGCCUUCAUACCGGAGGCACAUUAAAACGCUGGCGAUAUCAAUCGUCAAAUGCAGGUUCAACCAACCGGACCCUCGUCGCCAGCAGAGUAUAUCAAGAAGAAGUGGAGCUGAGAGAUCGUCUGAUGCAUAUGUUGUGAACAACAGACCGAAACCAUCACCUGCACCCUCAACAAAUGAACCGGUAGAACCAGGGAGUAUACAAUGUUCUUCAACGUGGCUAUGAGCUCACUUGUACACAUAGGAUAGUGACACUACAAAUCUUUCAUUUUUUUGCACUGAUAUCUUUUGUAUCCACUUAUUACGGAAACCACUUGAGGCCUAUGGUAUGAACAGGCGACAAAACUUUCGAGCUGAACUGCUUUGCACCACACACAGGCACGUACACUUCGAUUUUGAAAGGGCAAGAGGGCACCAGUGCAUUUUCUCCUCGGUAAGGGCCGGUCAUACGAGGAAAUUGUGUGUUUCAACUGGAACAUUUUUAGGGCACCAAGGCAAUUACCAGGGAGCAUGGAGGCAAUCGCCUUCGUUGCCUCCGUGAAGUACUAUCAGGUCUGUUCACCCUCUUGCACGUAUGCACUAGAGCCUACAGUCUGACUGGGACAUUCACCUCUCGUUUGCUAAAGGGCAGGGCACCAAGGCGUGUUCGUUGCACUUGGCUCCGUGACCACUCUCUUGCAUGUAUGCACUAAAUGCCUAUAGUCUGACUGAGACAUCCACUUCUCGUGUUUGAAAGGGCAAGGGCGCCAAGGCAUGUUCGUUGCCUCUGUGAAGUAUCACGGCUGACUACCCUCUUGCCAUUUAUAUGCACAAAGGCCUAUAUAGUCUGACUUGAGACAUCCACCUCUCGCACGGGCGUUUUCGAAGUUAAGCUCUUAACAAUGUAAUCAUACGGGAAGUAAAAACAUGGUGCACUGGGACACUUUCACGGUUGCAGACGUUAAAUUGACCACAUGAUAUCGAGAAAUUGGUUUUCUCAAGGAGCUCUUAUGGUAACGUCUGAUUGCACUAGAUCAAAUUACCAGCAUCUUACUUAGAAACCUUGGGGUAUAUAUAACCUAUAUGAUGGAUAAUAAUAAUAGCAACGCCACGAGGCAAGACUAGGCACGCGAAACACGUUAGUUUUACAUCAAACUUACAGAAAGAGACUUUGAUACACGUUGUAUUUUCGCACUGAUAUUAACAUUGUGUUCACAGAAGUGACGUAAACAAGUGACGUUGGUUAUAUAAUAAGUACGGACGACAGGGUUUUGGAGAAGUUUGAAAUUACUGUAAAAUAAUUAUUUAAUCUGGUUAUUGACUCUUUUAUAAUCAAGUUCGGUAUGAAGAUGACAACACAUACAGUGAUCAAUUUUUUACGUAAAACUUUUUCGACCACACAGUAUUAAUUUUUUUAACAUAUAGUACACACGAAAGACUGUGGAAGUCUUUUUCAGGCAAAACAAAUAAAACAAGGGAAGAGGAAAAGGAAGCUAUUCCAUACAUAGGGAACAUGUUCUAAAUUUACGGGUUACUAUUCCGUACGUACCAAUUCGCACGUAUUAAUGUUUUUGUCACUAUACACGUUUACGUAUUAAAAAAUACACUGUCAUAAAAAAAACGAAAAGACACGCACACUAGUGAAUAUACGUAUGUACGAUUUAGUAAUAAUUAUUUAUGUACGUAAAAUCUUCUUUUUGUUAUGUGCACUUCAGAAAAAUAUUCUCUUCAACACUUGUAAAAACACCGUGUCGACGUGUAUGUAAGCCCAUAAUUUUAUAGUGUUUAAAAACCCUUUCUUGGGUGAUGUACUUCUUUUGUUUUAAAGGCAGUGGACACUAUUGGUAAUUACUCAAAAUGAUUAUUGGCAUA